AGCACAGGCUGCUUAGUUAUUGACAAAGAUGGACAUGGAGUUGACUACAAAUCAGCAGAUAAGGGCACCAAGUCCUUCACAUUUGACCAGGUUGUUACUUCUGACGACGUUCAGAGUCUCCACUCUGAGGUGCUCCAGCCUCUUACGGAGUCUGUAUCAAGUGGAUAUAAUGCAACAUUACUGAUAUGUGGAGCCAACACUGAGACGACAAGAGCGCUGACCGAACACAGUAUCAUCAAACAGGUCUUGACAAAUCUCUUUCAUUCUUUCACAUCAGGAAGGAGAACAGAGUUCUUCAUCUCUGUGUCAUUUCUUCAGUUUUACCCAGAUGGAAGUGCAGUGGAUCUCCUGAGUCUUCACAAACAGACUUUAAAAUUUGUAUCACAUCCAGUCCUUGGAAGCCUUGUGGGAGGUUUGUGUGAGGUGUGUGUGUGCUCAGCAGAGGAAGCCUGGGCUCUGUAUGAAACAUGCAGGGAGACUAUGAACAGCAAUUCUGUCUCUAUCUCCAGCCGAUGCAGUUCCCUGUUCUCAGUGGCGGUUGAGUGGAAACUCAAUCCAGAGCAGGUGGAGUUGGAUAUCUGCUGCAGCAGACUGCAGCUGUUCAGCCUGGCAGGAGGAGCCAGCAGGACUGACCUCAGAGGAGUCAGCCCACUGGCCAAGAUUUGGGAUCAAAUGCCAAAUUCUGUUGCUACAGUCGACGACAGCCUCCUCAACUUCCUCCUAAAGGAUUCCUUAACAGGAAAUACUAGGACUUUCCUCAUCUACUGUAUCAACCCUCAAAGUCUUCUUCACGAUGAGACACUGUGUGCUUUAGACUUGGCCCAGAGAGUGAGACAACUGGAAACGUCACCCACAGCUGGCUGCUGGAGUCCCAGGAGCACUGAGCGUCAGAUUCGUGAAGGCAUCAUGGAGCUACAAACCAUGAUAAUGUCAGGGGGGGAAAGUGAGCUUCACAAUAUUUACAAGCUGGCUGAACUGUCUGAAAACCUGCAGAUGGUGAAAAAUAAGUCAUGGGAAAAAAGGAUGGAAGAGUCAAAGAAGAUAAAAGACCAAAUGAAGAUCAGUAAAUCCUCAAAUAGCAAUCAGCAGUUUUCUGGAGGGCAUCACGCUGACAAGAGAAAGAGCACGGAAACAGUGAAAUAUCUCCAGGAUCAGUUGAAACGGGAAAUGGAACAACAUAUGAGAGAAAGUAAAGGCAGAGUGGAGAAAGUCCAGGAGAGGGUAGCCAGAAUCCAGCAGCUGAGAGAGGCUCUAAGUGAAGAGACAUUGAAGAGUGGGGCCGUCACAGGGCAAUCACAGCUUUGUCACCAGUUGGAAUACAGUGCAGCACAGGAGCGGAGGAGGCAACUUAAGGAGGAUCAUGGGAGAUUAAUUCAGGAAGAGGUGGUGAAGAUGGAGAGAGACUUGGCACAGGAAAACCUACCGCCUGAAAUCCCCCAGAGAGAGCUGCUGGUGCUGACCAGAGAGAGGCAGGUCCUGGUGAUGCAGUUAGAAGCCCUGCGUGCUGAAGCCCAGCAGGCUGAGAAAGACCUAAAGGAUCAAUAUCAAAGACACCAAUCAGAGCUGCAUUGUGUUCAGAGUGUAAGUGAGGAGCAGAGGAAGAUUUCAGAGGACAGGUACAGGAGUGUGUUACUGGAAGCCGUGCAGGAUGCCAUCUACCUGUCGGCUCAGAACCAGCAACUGCAGGCCGAUAACACACAGCUACGAAAGGCACUGGGAGAGAUGAAGGAUGCCCUGGCAGUGCGAGGUGACCCUGGUGCCGACACACACUGUUAAACCGCUGUGUUUUCAGAAACAAAUGCAAAGCAAUGUCAGAGAGAUUUUGCUUAU